GCGUAGUCACGCCACCGCGUUGGCGCCCAGUGGCUGCGACGUCGCUCCAGGCCCGCCGGGGAGGUCGAGCCUCAGCCCGUUGCUAUACUCAGUACUGCACAUUGGCCGACCACAGCCACUGCAGGUAUCGACACUUCUGCCACCUUUCGCUGGCAAGAAAUUCGCUAUACAAUAAUCUGCUCCCUCUCCAACACCUCUCUUGAGACAACCGUCCCCCGUUCAAGACUGCUGUCACCGCGCGAGGAGCUCUGAUGCACCCGUGUCUCCAGGUCCCAGAGCUAUUGGACAUAAUCUUCCGCAGGGUGGUCGAGGACCCCAUCUUCGCGCCUUGCACCUUGGCAAGCCUGGCCCUGACAUGUCGAUUGUUUGUCGAACCGGCUCUCGACGUCCUAUGGAGUCACCUCCCAUCUUUGGGGCCAUUGGUCACGCUUUUCCCCAAAGACGCCUGGUCCUACGGGAUGGAUGACCUAGGUAAAAGAACAUAUGUGAUGCUCCAAAGACCACCGGAACCUCAUGAAUGGACGAGGUUCCUGCAUUACGCUGAACGCGUCAGAGCUAUAGGGCCAUCCCUCACCUUCCCGGAGUUCCCUUGCGUCAUCAAGGCGUUUCCUUCUGCGCACAGCUACCUGCUGACCCACAAACCUGUCGACCAUCUGUUCCCCAAUCUGCGGUAUAUCCUGUGGCACUACGACCAUCUUUUUCCAGAAGGCAGCAUGGACGAACUAUCCCUGUUGCUCGGGCCCCGAGUGGUGGACUUAACAACUUACGCGUUCAAGGGCAUGCCGGAGAGUUUGUCUGACAGACUGGUGGACGAAGUGACCGCAUUCAUUGUCGAACAUACCGACAUAAAGCACGUCAGGCUCUAUUGCCCAUACGUUCCAGGACUCGAGGCAGUAAUCCCAAAUGUUGUCUUCCUGCACCAAGCCGUACAGUCUCUCGAGGUGCUUCAAGAGACCCCUUCAACGUUACCCCCAAACAUUUGGCUUGAACUGUCUCGGCUUCCGAAGCUUGAGAAGACUAUCAUCUUCGUGGAUGAGCUUCUCGGCUCAGACGAGAUACGAAAGCAGUCGGCGGACUCGUCGGAACCCUUUUUCCCUUCACUGCGGAACGUCACCAUCCAUGCGAGCGACUUAGCCGGAUGCUCUCGCUACUUGGACCUCAUCCAAUCGUCGUCUCUAGAGAGGCUCGUCGUCAUCGUCACAUCUUCCCCGACGAAUGAGGAGGCUAGGACGUUCUUCCAACACCUUGCAAAGCGCCGCCACAAGAUGCCGUUGCGGUUCAUGCAUUUCACGUCCGUGAUCGGUAGCCCGCGCCUCGACGACAACUACAUCAUCGACGCGGACACCUUGCGACCUCUACUCUCGUUCUGGAACGUUAAGAGCUGCCAAGUCACCUUCCGUUGUCCCGUGAGCGUCGACAAUGCAUUCCUCGAGGACGUCGCCACUGCAUGGGCACCGACCCUCGAGCAGCUCGAACUCGGCGCAAGCUGGAGGCAGCGCGUCGACUCUCAAGCGACACUGCAGGGCGUGUUCUCGCUCAUCACGCGGUGCAGAGAGUUGGCGUCCCUCGGCCUCGUCUUCGACGCUCGCGUAGACGAAUUCCAGGAGGCGCUCGGUGCGGGGGAGCGGCUCGCCAAGGGUUAUCGGCCGUCGGACCGUCUUACCAGGUUUUCAACCGGUGCGACGACGCUCGGGGAGCUCGACGAGACGGAUCUCGCUACACUCGCAGACGUGCUAUCCGACCUCUUCCCCGGUAUGAGGACCUUCGAAACGCUGUGGAUCCGACGCGUGCAGCACGAGCCUUUCCAAAUCGACGAAGAUCCUGACGAUGAAGGCGAGGCGGAUUGUUGGCGGCAGCUCAUGGCCCUUUACAAGGAGAUGUCGACGAUCAGGUUGCAAGAGAGGCUGUGGAAGAUUCAGUUGGACACGCAAGUACGAGUGCGGGAGGUGGAAACUCUGCAAGCCUCGCCCUCUCUUGUCGCAUUUUGAAGGGUUGGACACGUUCUCCCAGAGCGCCGUGCACUCAGUCGCGCAUAUAUACUACAGUGCGGAAUUGUAAGGUGUCACGAUCGUUCUCUAUGCACUGUGA